CCGGUUGGACAGCGACCGCAGCGUCCUCAGCAUCACCGCGGCUCUGCCAAUCAGAGCGCGGCUCGGGGCAGAUUAACCCAAACAGCCCCGGUGCCGAUGCUCCGGUGUGUGUGGGUGCGUGUGUGUUGGUGUGCGUGCGUGUAGUAUCAGCCUCGAAAACAAGCUCGCACCUCUGAUCCUCGUGGACCCGGUGUGAGAUGGAGGAACUGCUCGGUUCAAAAUCAGACAGAGAUCCAUGAUUCAGAUUCAGCUUUUACUCAACGAGCGUCAGGAGGGAGAUGGAUGCCUCGAUUGCAGGAGAAAGCACGGAUGCGAUAUUGAUGGAUGAUUCUCCCACGGAUGAGAGGGGGGUCCGGGAGUCUUGUCAAAGCGAGAUCCCGGUGGUCUCUCUGUGCCCUCCUGACAGCGUCUACUCUGCAGAGGCCCCGCUGACAGUCAUCCAGUCUGAGGGGGAGCUGUGCGACAGCUGCAGCAGCCUUGGCAGACCCUCGUCCUCCUGCCAGCUCUAUCAAGUACCACAGGGUCUUAGAGCCGGCGCCUAUGACUCAUCACAGCCCCAGAAAUGCUCCCACUGCAGCCGCCACGGGCCGUGCCCCGACUGUCACUCGAACACAACAGGUCCCGGUGGUGACGGAGGUGUGGUGGUGAGAGUGGGACACGGCUGUAGCUCUGCUCAUCAGACGUCAGGUCGCGGUGCCGUCAGAUGCCACUGGCUGCACGGCUCGAAUGAAGGCGGAACGCAGAAGCCAACACAGCGACACGUGGUGACAGUGAGGGAUGGGGGACUCUUCUGCUUCCUCAGAAAUUAUUCUCAGGUGAUAGUGGACUACCCGUUGGCAGUGCUGGUGGGUUGUGCUCUGCUGCUGCUGGGAUGCUCAUUGGCCGGACUUUUCAUUGGUCCACUGCCCGACUUCUCUGACCCACUGCUGGGUUUCGAGCCGCGGGGAACGUAUAUCGGAGUCCGUCAGUCCACUUUGUCCAAGCUGCAGGAGAACACAGGCCCGGGGAAAACUCUGUCUCCUCUACCUCAGCAGCUCAGUAAAAGUUUUGGGGCCGAUGUCGAUGGAGACAGCCGCGUUGGACAAGACACGUCAGGACUUCGCUUCAAGAGGAUGUUAGCCAGAGACUCGUCCCCGGACUCCUUCCCCUGCGACGCUCCAGGCGAGCGUUUGGCCCAGCUGGUCUUCAGAUCAGAAAACUCAGCCAGUCUCUGGAGCCUGAAGGCCAUCCACGCCAUGUGCGAGAUGGAGCAGUCCAGGAUUCGCUCCCAGGCUCAGUUCCAGGACCUGUGCCAGCAGCAUGUGAGGGUGGAGGCUGAGGGAACAUCCAGAAGCGGCUGCUGUCCGAGCUGGUCUCUGGGGAAUUACUUGGCUGUCCUCACUAAUGCUUCCUGCUGUCUCAGCCUCACCUCACACCAGGUUUCUGAGUCUCUGAACCUGCUAAGGAAGUGUGCUCCGCAUUAUCACGAAGGACAACUGGUGGACGCCUGCGUCGACCGGCCCAAACACGGCGGCUGCUCCUCCGUCCCGUCUCGCUGCAAACAGUCCCGCAUGGUGGUAUAGCAUGGCUCCUCAUUCGGACAAAAUUGGGAAAGUGGCACACUCCACCAAACGAAUGGGACGACCUGUAGCAAUAGUGUCUGGUGCAUUUUUCUCCAUGGGGAUCAUCAUGUUGCCUGCCACGGCCUUGCUGAUCCGAAAACUAGGGAUUUUCCUGUUUUUGGUGAAAUGUGUAGCUUGUGGAUUUGCGACGUUCUUUUUUCAGUCCCUGUGCUGCUUUUUCGGACCUAAGACAAACUGUGGGCAGAUCUCUUUGCCGUGUUUUUCAGAUCAGACUGACGGGCUAUCGUCGGCAACAGAAACUGGUUCCUCCUCUGCAGCAAACGGAGCCUUUGGCAGAUCUAGAGUGAGGAGGAGUUAUGAUAAAGAAGCAGGUGGCUAUCUCUACCCCAACCAGCAGCGUCAGCACAGACAGAAUCAGACCGGGGGAAGAGGUCCGGAGCAAUACGAGCUGCAACCACUGGCUUAUCGGCUGAGCGACAGCUUUGAGAACAGCACCUGCACCAGUAAACUGUCCAACCGGCCCUCAGUGCUCUCUGAUGAGAUUGAGUAUUGUGACAGAGAUGUAAGAAAUAGCAUGGAAGGGGAGAGUGACCAGACAAGCAGCCGUCAACCACCCUCGGCCUUCCAGACUUCAUCACCUUACAAAGAAAACACCCUGCGGCCUGGAGGUCUGCCACAAGAGGACCUCGCUAAGGAAAAGGUGCUGUGUGAGACUUGCGGAGGUCAGACUGAUGGGGUAACACACUGGGGCAAUACAUGCUUCUCCUCAUCUUCCAGCAUACAGGAGACUAUAAUCAGCCACACACUGGAGACCACUGACCAGCCAUCUUUCUGCAAAGAUGACCAAACCUCAGAGGAGUGUCUCCACUACCCCGCCCACAAAAAGCACCUCUCCUCUCAGUCCCAGAGCUCCUGUGAGGGUCUGGAGGAUUCCUGUGAAACGUGCCUCAGUGACAUCGAGCCCGGGCCUUCGAACAUGCAGCAACACGAGGGAGACGCUCAGUUACAACCAGGGUACCUGAACGGAAAGAGAGAUACGCUACGUCUGUCACUGAAGGAAACUGCUUACGAAACGGGUAAAAAGGGCCGAAGCAGUCAGAGUGAAGACGUGGUUAUUUUACCCAACAGUAAGUCAGACCUUCCAGAUGUGUGGAUAAAGAGAGGUGGAAAACGGGAGGAUACAUGUUGAGCAAAGUUGGAGGCGUCUUUACGAACGCUGUGCAUUGAAUGCUCUGACUUUAUAGCAGAAGGAACAGAUGAGCGUAUAGAAUUUUAAAAAGAAACGUACACUGUUACUUUUAUAUAACAGUCAAUGGAAAUAUAAGCCAACUGCAAAUGUAACAUGAACGAUUUUUGCAUCUAAGGUUUUAAGAUUUAGCUACAAAUGAGGUCAAAGCAUGAGUGUUCCUUCUGUGAAAUGGUCAAAUCAAAGCAUGGCUUGCUCAACGUGGCACUUUCAGAAAGACAAAAGGUCUUUUCUGCCACAUAUUCUCACUAAUGUCUCUCUACAGUAGCCACAGUGUGUUAUCAACAUGAGCACUGCACCUGCUGCUGCAGAAUUUACUUAGUGCCGGGAUCUUUUUAAUAUCUGCGCCUGCACAGCCUGGGUUAUCGACAAACAACAGUGUCCAGUGUGUGCAGCUUUUUGCCUUUCUCCAUGGUGGAACUGACCUAAAUAAGCCAUACAUUCAUGGACUUAACAAUAAAAGAUACAUGUUCAGUAGAGAAAAAAAGGUGCAUUACUGUAUGUGAGUCUGUGGGGGAAGAAUCAAGCAUUAUCACAUGUAGAGUAGCAAACAACAGUCGGUUGAUUUUGCACUUUGUAACAAUAAUGUACCGAAGAUCCUUUGUUACCAUGAAGCAGGAACAUGUCAUUUGUGGCGUCACGGCUUGAAUUGCAUUAAAUGUUUGACUGUCAAGUCAAGUCUUUUUGUUUAUAUGUCAGUGCCAAACAUUUUUGUGUUUACUUCCUGUACGGAUUCUUAAGAGGCAACGUGGUUUCCAAGGCUGCUUUCAGACAUGCAGGGAUCUACGUCAGCACCCCCCAGCUGAGAUGUCACAUUAGACAAGUCUCAAUACCAUUUCAAUAAGGGUAUUUAUAACCUGAGCAGCAUGUGCCAAAUGUCUAUCAACAGGUUGUUUUAUAAGCUAAAACAAAUGUCUGUGAAUUGUGCAAAAGAUGUCCUUUUAAAAAAAAGAUUUGUCUAAGAUAGUAAAUAUGAUGUUGAGUGUAAAAGUGGUGCAGUGUUGUUCCUGGAGCUUCAAAAAGGGAAGAUAUAUAUGAACUGUGCCUGUGAGCAGGUUAUUUCCAAGCUUUCUCGCUGUAAGAUGUGUUUUCUUUUAGAAUGAUGUGACAAUUCUUUAACAAGCAGAAUAAUCUGCAUUUUAGAUAAAUGAAGAAAAAGGAAAAAUAUGCCACAAAUGUUUUUCACAUAGCUGGAAUAAAAUGAAUCAUUUAUUUUCC